ACAUGUAUUGAAUGUCAUCCACACGAGGUGCAUAAGGCGUUGGUGUUAACGGUUGGGCUACCGGAAAAUAUAAUCCGUGAUCUAAACGGAAGUAGGUAACCAGUAAACAAACAAACAUGAGCCGGUUGGUUUUCACUACCAUAACCGCUAAAACCUUUUUAUUGCCCCAUUCGUCCUCUUCAUUACACUUUAAAAUUUUCAAAUCUUCUUCUUCUUCUGCUGCUUCUAGGGUUUCUACAAUGGCAUCGGACUCAUCUUCCUCUUCAUCGGCAUCAUCACCGUCUCCUUCGUCCGCCAUUGAUUUCCUCACUCUCUGCCAUAGCCUCAAGUCAACCAAAAGAGCAGGAUGGGUGAAAAGAGACGUUGCGGGCCCUGAAUCUAUUGCAGACCACAUGUAUAGAAUGGGGUUAAUGGCUCUUAUUGCUAAUGAUGCUCCUGGAGUCAACCGAGACAAGUGUAUAAAAAUGGCAAUCGUUCAUGAUAUUGCAGAAGCCAUUGUUGGUGACAUCACACCGUCGGAUGGGGUCCCAAAGGCGGAGAAAAGUCGGCGAGAGAAAGAAGCAAUAGACCAUAUGUGUAAACUUCUUGGUGGAGGACCACGUGCUGAGGAGAUACAUGAGUUAUGGAUGGAAUAUGAAGAAAACUCUACAACCGAAGCUAAGGUUGUCAAGGACUUUGAUAAGAUUGAAAUGAUACUUCAAGCUUUGGAAUAUGAAAACGAACAAAACAAAGACUUGGAGGAAUUUUUUGAGUCUACUGCAGGCAAGUUUCAGACGGACCUUGGUAAAUCAUGGGCCGCAGAGAUAGCAUCAAGGAGGAAAAAACAAGGCUAGAUAUUGGAUAUGAAUCACUAGUUACGAAGAUUUUGAUUGAUCUCUGCACAUCUGGAUGCUAUCCAUGACACUUUGAUGGAAAUCAUAAUGUUUUUAGCCCUGAAGUGCCUCUCUGCUUACUAAUGUUAGCAGUUUCAUUCCUGGGCUUCUUAGUUUUCACUUCUGCAGCUAUAUUGUUUCAGAAAUGGACACUUUUAUUGCAGUUUGAUCCUAGAUGUAGAUCGUUUUUUAAUGAAACUCAUGCUCGAUAAUCUUGCCAUCCGUA